CGUCCGUCCGCGUCAUUGAACAACAAGACUCGCUCGAUGGCAGGCGUCUUUCUGCCAAUAUGAAAAAAGGAGUUAAGAAACUCCAUCACAAAACACGCGAUAGUGGAAUUUAUACGUUAUCCUUAAUUAAUAAAUAACUUUAUUUUUAUAGUGUUAAUGCCUUGAAUAACAUAUUUUUAUUUAUUAGUGAAUUAUAGUUAAUUAUUGUAAAUGCGCUAAUCUCUCUAUAGUGCUCUGUGAUUGUUUUGUUUAAAAUAUUUACAGCUUCAACAAAACAAAUGCAAUGUCAGUGAUUGUGUAGUGAAAUUAAAAUAAAAUUAUAUGUUCGUGAUCGAUUCACCUAUUUGUGUCUCGAUUAGAGUGCCAUCGAAUUUGGAUAUAUGCACAUCACUAACUGUCAUCCAUAGGUGGAAAACCUACAAAAAUUGUGGACGACACUGUUUCAAAUAUGUGUUGUGAUUUGCAGAUGCUCUCGGUACAAGUGCCGGGGUGCGCGGGCAUGGAGCGGCUGGGCGCGCCGGGGGGACCGCGCCUACGGCACGAUCACAGACAUCACCAUUCCACAUUGGAAUGGGAGAAGCAGCAGAGGUUACAGGUGCAGGCGAUGGUGGGUCGGCUGCAAGAGAUGGUGGAGCAAGAUGUACGCGCGAGGUCCGCGGCCGCAGCCGAGCGGCUCGGUCUGCCGCCCAGCAUACAGCUGCCCGACGGCGAGUACGGGCAGGACGUGCAUCUACAGUUACGAGUCCCUUAUCAGCAAGCCGAGCUGACGAGAAGCAGCUUCCAGCCUCCACCGAACAAGUGCGUGAGCGACGUGCCGGAGUGGGCGGGCGGUGCGGAGGCGGGCGCGGCGCGGCGCGGCAAGAAGGACGGGCUGCUGCAGAAGGCGACGCGCUGGUGGGUGCGCAUGGGCGCGCGGCCGGCGGCGCCGUUCCUGCCGGCCGCGGCGCCGCCUGCGCCCGAGCCGCCCGCGCCGCCCGACGCGUGACCGCGCGCGCCGAGUCCACGCUUACAUUCCAUAUCCGGGCCGCUCGGGCCGCGCGCGCCCCGGACUCUUAUAGACUUGCUAUUUAUUUAUUCGGGAGUGCCGCGCCGCGCCCGUGUUCCUCGCGCCGUCUGAGAGUUUCGCGAAAACUAAGACUGAGAUAAAGUAAAAAGAUAUAACGUUAUAAAGUCUACGUUGAAGUAUGUUGUCUUAGGUGAAAUUGAUUCAAAAUAGAAACGAUUAAAGUUAUAUUAUAAUAUUUAAUGAAUCUUUCGGCGUGGCCCUCGAUAAUAUCGUGUAUUAGCCGAGGGUCCGUCGACGGUGAGCUGAUGUCUUGCAGUGUACAGUUUCAUGUUUAAGUGACCUAUUUUAAAGUUUAAUUUCUAUCCAGCAGCUAUAAAUCUGUGUUUAAACAACUUUUAUAUUUAUUUAUAAUUGUAUGUAAAGGAUGCAUAUCAGUACAGUAAACGCAAGGAAUAUUAAUUUACGUUGCAUAGUUACUAUUUUAUUGUAAAUAUUGUCUCUAAUUUAAUAUUAUUAGUUUAAUUAUGGCUGAAUGCCAGAACCCGGGGGUCUUUUCAAUUGAGUGUUUGCUACAUUCCAUAUUUAUGUUGAAAUAUUCUCGAUAAUACUUACUGUACUAGUUGCUUCUACCUGUUUACCUGUAGUCCUUGUAUGUCUGUAUCAAUAUCACGACUGUCUGUAGAGUGGGGCGCCGCGCGCCGUCUGUGUCGAUACCUAGUCAUGCUGACAAUAAUUGACAAUUAGUGACUGAUAUUUAAAUGCAGAUGAAUAGAAAUCUCAUUAGAAAAUAGACAAAAAGAAAAAUAUUAAACGAAUUAGUUAUAAAUUAGCUGUUUAUUAUUUAUAUUGUUCAGUCGGCGAGACGUGUGCUGCAUAUUGUUGUGGUUAGAGAUUCGUAGCUAAUGUUCGAUAAGUUUAUCGCUACUCUGCUAUUUAACUGCCGCCACCUAUAUGCAGUAUAAGUUUCGCCGGCCAUUAUUGAAGUGUCACGACAGUCAUUAACUUGUUUACUAUCCAUGAUAUCAUCAACAGAUACGAGUUGUAGUGUUUUAUCAUCACCAUUGUCUUACUCAUACUUACAAAGAAACACCGUUUGUUAGUCCAUUGAACAAUAAUGGGCGCUCGCCUAAUCAUCCAUAUUUUAAUUGAUAGUUUGCAGUGAACACUUGUAUUUUUCC